AUGCCAACGCGCAUCUUUUGGCCAGUGGACGGUCUCCAAAGGUACGGACCGGAAGAGAAAAGUAUCGUUGUCGGGUGGGUAAAUUCUUCCAAGGACUAUGUUGUUAUGGCUAUACUUCCAUACUUCCCGGUGCAGCAUGCCCAGCGGUUGCUAGAGCAGGAUAUGUUGGUCAAAGGGCUGGGUGAAAAAUCCCCCCAAGAGCUGUACAAAGAGUUUGGUGGUGACCGUUUGCAGGUUUUGGGUACUUGCAAUCAUUCUCAAGAUUGUCUUUUUGUAGUCAACACUCUUUCUGGACAGCCCGUUAUCGAUUCUGGAAGCGACUCGGUGCAAUUAAUUUAUUAUUCACAGCCCAACGCUAAGUGGCUGCACUAUUUAUCUCUUUAUCCGAUACAGUUGGAUAUGCCCGAUGAGUCUGUCUCCCAGAUUAUUGACGCAGACUACAAUCAUGACUCGCAACAAGCAUGCGAAGAUCGCAGCUUACUCUUGACCAACUUGAGUUUGCAUUGUGGUGGGCAAAUACAGUCGAAUGCUUCUGAAAGGAUGUCUGUUCUUGCCAAAUGCAUAAGCCAAAUCAAUUGCAGUCUGGAAUUGAGCCGGAUCCUCACUGUGAACGCGCUAAAAAUGUUCCCGGAACUGCAAAGCCGUGAGCUGCAACAGAGCCGACGACUUAGUAUUUCGUCCAAAAUCGGCAUUGAAGCAAAACAUCAAGCCUCUAUUCAAGCGGAAAAACUUGGAAUAUUUGCCAUUGCGAAAUGGAUAGUGCUCUUUACAAUCGUCUCGUUCAAUGUGUUGGCUGAAGCAUUGUUGCAGAUCACGGCCUUUCCCAUAGGGAACGGCCACUUGACAGAUAUCUCUGCUACUGCUCUGCAAGUAGAUUUGCGGCUCAAGCUGCUGUGCAAUCUGCCUGUUCAGUAUAUGAGGAUUCGUAAGCGGUCCAAGUCAUGGGCAACUACUGCUCUGAAUGUGGAGUAUACGCGAUUUUACAAUUCGCUGUGGCUUUUUGCUAAUGACAUUAUUCUUGGUGUGACUCUUGGAGGGUUCUUACGAGACAACCAUUGGCGCGUGUGUUCGUUUAUUACCACGGUAACUCAAAACCUAUUCGGUGACCAGUUCCAGGAAUUCAUGAACUGGCUCAUGUCGUGGCCCGCCGGUCUGAAACUCAAUACGGAACUGGCCAAGUUCUUUGGUGAGGUUUUUGUCUGGGUGCUCGUUUCAUGGCAGCACUUGCUGCUCUACUGCACGCCCUUGUUGCAAGGCUUCAUCGUAUUCCUAAGUCAUGCGGGCUGGUUCGGCAUAACCUUUCAGAUUUCACUUGUUUGUGACUUAAUUUCGCUGAUUACCUUUGAUAUUUACUGUCUCUAUCUUGGCAGCGCGAAAAUCUACCGCAAACAGCUAACGACACUUGUUUCACUGUUCCGCCUGUUUAGAGGAAAGAAACUCAACGUGCUAAGAUCUCGUAUUGAUUCGGGGAAUUACAACAUCGACCAACUGCUCUUAGGCACCAUCAUGUUUACAGUACUGCUUUUGCUUUUACCCACGGUUUUGGUCUUUUAUCUGGCCUUUGCAUUCACCCGAGCGCUGCUGGUGUUACUUUCGACUUUGCUCGAGAUGACGCUAGGGUUCUUCAACCACUUCCCCUUGUUCACCUUGCUGCUCCGAUUUAAGAGCCCUGCCCGAGUUCCUGGUGGAAUCAGGUUCGAAUACAUCAAGAACGAUAGCACUCAGACAUUUUUAAAAUUGGAGUCCCAGCCCAUUGGAAUUGGACAUAUCUUCCACCAGUACAACGUCGUGGCCAAACGGUUUGCCGAGCACUACUACUCGACAAGAGUAUUGAGUGGUCUGCUUGUCGGCAAGAUGGUUACCGUCCAACGAUCGCGGCUCUACAGCCUGUUAUACUCCUCAUUGCCAGCCCACCGGCCAGCACCCAAGCAUUUGUAUAACCAACUUCAGAGUCACUUAUUUGACAAAAAUGAGCAUAUGUAUUAA